AUCACAGCUUCUGUUUAUUCUGCAUUUAUUAUUCAAACAAAGUAAAACAGUUUGAGAUUAGCUGUGUGUCUGAGUGUAGCAGGGCUGGACGUGAGGAUGACACACAUUUUACUCUGCAUGUCUGGAUUGUUCUUGCUCAGUGCAGUCAUCUGUGGAAACGCUGAAGAACUUGGAGUGAAGGCCACUGUGACAGCAGACAGAUUAACCAUACCAACAGGGGGCAGUGUGACACUGACCUGUGUUGUGCAGCACUUUGCUGACUUGGAAUAUUAUUGGAUUAGAGAAAUCUCAUCUAAAAACAAGUCCUUAAUAUCUACUGGAGCAGUCAUUAGUAUCUCUGAAGGAGGCAACUACACCUGUAGAGGAUGGAGAAGAGACACAAAUUCACUGCUAACAGAAAGUGAUUCGGUCACGAUUCAGGAAACUGUUUCCAACAGGACCGAUGUGAAGCUGCAGCACAGCUGGUCUCAGAUAUUCACUGGUGAGACAAUCACUCUCAGAUGUGAGAUUCAGGGAGGUGAAGGAAAGGUGUGGAAAUAUGAAUGGACAGCACCCAACACAAACAGCCCUCCGACAUCCAGUGAAUACAGGAUCAGCAGAGUUUCAGUGUCCCACAGUGGAGACUACAGAUGUCGGGGUAGCAGUGACUAUCUCUUAACAGGAUGGAGUGAUGCCUUCAGACUGACAGUUUCAUCAGCAAGUAAACCCAGAGCCACACUGACAGCACAAAGUUCAGUCAUACCAGCAGGGGGCAGUGUGACACUGAGCUGCUCUGUGGAGGGCUCUGCUGGCUGGAAGUUUGACUGGUUCAGACGUGAUUCAGUCUCUUCUAAAGCUCAGCUCAUGAGAGGAAAUGAAGCAAACAGAGUUAUUAGUGUCUCACAAGGAGGUCUGUACCACUGCAGAGGAGGGAGAGGAGAUCCAGUUUACUACACAGAGGACAGCAGUGACGUCACAGUUACAGAAACUCUUCCCAGUAAGCCCACUGUGACCCUGCAGCCAUCCUGGACUCAGAUAUACAGCGGUGAGACAGUCACUGUCAGAUGUGAGAUUCAGGGAGGUGAAGGAGCUCAGUGGACGUAUGAAUGGAGAGCAGCCAAGUUAAACACACCUCCAACAUCCAAUGAACACAGAAUCAUCAGAGCUACUGAGUCUGACAGUGGAGGAUACAGCUGCCGGGGCAGAAGGGACUAUUUCUUCUCAGAGUGGAGUGAUAUCAUCACACUGACUGUAUCAUCAAGUAAACCCAGAGCCACACUGACAGCACAAAGUUCAAUCAUACCAGCAGGGGGCAGUGUGACACUGAGCUGCUCUGUGGAGGGCUCUGCUGGCUGGAAGUUUGACUGGUUCAGACGUGAUUCACAGUUUUCUGGAGCUCAGAAAAUAGGAGCUGGAACAUCAGAGCACACUAUCAGUAUUUCAGAAGGAGGCAUCUAUUACUGCAGAGGAGGGAGAGGAGAUCCAGUUUACUCCACAGAGGACAGUGCUCCAGUUACAAUUCAGAAACAAGUUUUGGCUGCUGUGAAACUGCAGCACAGCUGGUCUCAGAUAUUCACUGGUGAGACAAUCACUCUCAGAUGUGAGAUUCAGGGAGGUGAAGGAAAGGUGUGGAAAUAUGAAUGGACAGCACCCAACACAAACAGCCCUCCAACAUCCAGUGAAUACAGGAUCAGCAGAGUUUCAGUGUCCCACAGUGGAGACUACAGAUGUCGGGGUAGCAGUGACUAUCUCUUAACAGGAUGGAGUGAUGCCUUCAGACUGACAGUUUCAUCAGCAAGUAAACCCAGAGCCACACUGACAGCACAAAGUUCAAUCAUACCAGCAGGGGGCAGUGUGACACUGAGCUGCUCUGUGAAGGGCUCUGCUGGCUGGAAGUUUGACUGGUUCAGACGUGAUUCAGUCUCUUCUAAAGCUCAGCUCAUGAGAGGAAAUGAAGCAAACAGAGUUAUUAGUGUCUCACAAGGAGGUCUGUACCACUGCAGAGGAGGGAGAGGAGAUCCAGUUUACUACACAGAGGACAGCAGUGACGUCACCGUUACAGAAACUCUUCCCAGUAAGCCCACUGUGACCCUGCAGCCAUCCUGGACUCAGAUAUACAGCGGUGAGACAGUCACUGUCAGAUGUGAGAUUCAGGGAGGUGAAGGAGCUCAGUGGACGUAUGAAUGGAGAGCAGCCAAGUUAAACACACCUCCAACAUCCAAUGAACACAGAAUCAUCAGAGCUACUGAGUCUGACAGUGGAGGAUACAGCUGCCGGGGCAGAAGAGACUAUUUCUUCUCAGAGUGGAGUGAUAUCAUCACACUGACUGUAUCAUAUAAACCAAAGGCCAAACUGAGAGCUGAUAACACAGCUGUUCCAGUAGGGGGCAGUGUGACCCUGACCUGCUCUGUGAACCCAUCAUCAUCAUCUGGAUGGAAAUACUACUGGUACAGAGAUGAGAAAUCCUCUGAAGCCCUGACCACACAAGAUGCAGUUUUCCACUCAAAUGGACAAAUCAGUGUCUCACAGGAAGGACUCUACAGGUGCAGAGGAGGAAGAGGAAACCCAGUUUACUACACAGAGGACAGCCAGUCAGUCAGGAUUGGGAAAACUGUAACAGCCUCAAACAGGCCUGUUGUGACUCUGUAUCCAAACUGGUCUGAGAUAUACAGAGGAGAGACGAUCACUGUCAGAUGUGAGAUCCAUGGAGGAGACACUGAGUGGGAUUAUGAGUGGGAAACAAACAGCAGGAUAAAAGCUCCAAAUCAAAAUGAAUACAGGAUUAGAUCUGCUUCAUCAUCCAACAGUGGAAACUAUCGCUGUAAGGGCAGAAUGAAAAGUUCACAGCAUAAAACAACAGAGUGGAGUGAUUCAGUCACACUGACAGUUUCUGACAAUAAACCCCGUCCUGUCCUCACUGUGUCUCCAUCAUGGCUGAGUCCUGGAGCCUCAGUAACUCUGAACUGUGAGGUUGAACAUCCGUCUGCAGGAUGGAGCUUCUACUGGUAUAAAGCUGUUCCUGAUCUAUCAGAGAAAUCCUCCAGUUAUGAGCUGCUACCUGAUGGCAGUGGGACUGCACAGGACUCCUACAUCAUUCAUGGACAGACACACACAGCAGGAUAUGUGUGCAGAGCUGGAAGAGGAGACCCA